AACGUGCAACGCUCUUGUUCAAUAACUCUCUCCUUCAUUCCCUCUCUCGCCUCCCUCACACAAUGGAUCCUCUCCCUAUACCUCCAUCCUAUUACGACCUCGAACGCCGCCAUCUCGAGCACACUAUAGACCACGAUCUCCAUUCGCUUUCUCUCUCCUCUUUGCACUCUUCCACAUCUUCUUCUAGCUCACCCUUUCACCCCCAUGAUUACUCCAAUUCCUUCAUAUCAUCUUCCUCAGAUCUAUCCCUAGAGUACCCCAGAGCCCAGUUUUCGGGGAUUUCUACUCAACCUACUCAAGACGUGGGUCAUGGCCACAGCUAUGGUCCGUCAGGAACACCCCGCGCAGCUCGGGGGACGAACCCACAUUCUAACAAUUUUGGAGGUGGACACAGUACAUCUGCUGGAAUCAGUCCUGUUUCCACCACUGGACAUCAUGCCAGCGCCAUAACAUUAGGUACUGGUGCAUUCAAAGGCAGAAUACCGAAAACAAACUCAGGAGACCAGGGUGAUGGGGGUUUUGAUCCGGAAAGGAGUUUAGGAAGGCUUGUAGGAGAGCUCGGUCGAAUUAUAGGGGAUGAGAAGCUGCCUAAGAUACCGAACUCUCCCUUCCGCCCGAGAUCUCGCUCUCCUCUUCCGUCAGCCGCCAACCAAACCAUUGACCCUUCCUACCUCGCACAUUGUAAUAAACAUCUUGAUUCCCGGGGAAGUGGAGGAAAAACAAGACCAAAGUCCAGCAAUGUGCUUCACGAGCAAGCUCAAGAGUCGGGCGAACAAUCUCGGAAGAAACCCCUAGGCUCUUCGACCUCGUACAAUAUCUCUCGUACCCCGGUAACUCGGAAGACAAUUGCAAAAGACAAGGUUGAUAGGCUACGUAUGCUCCAGAAUGAAGGCAAGAAGGCUGCAAAUGCGUCUGUUCGGAAAAAUCCAGAUGCUUCGGCCGAUGUGACAGGUAUGACUGCGUUGAUGGCCACUCCAGCCAAAGGCUUAAUAUUCGAUUCCUUGGAAAACAAUGACGAUGUGGGUGGGGAGCCAGCUGUAAAUAUCCCCCAUACGUUAGCGACUCUCCAUGCUCGGCUGAGGGCUCUGGAAAUGGAAAGUUCGGUCUCCCGUCGCAGAGUAAAAGAGCUGGAAGCUGAAGUGGAGAAAGCAAAUCGAGAAGUGGAUGCUGCCAGGAGAAAUGGAGAAAAGAAGACACGAAAGUCUGAAAAUGAGAAAUCGGCACUGGAAGAUCUGGUAGGAUCUCUUCGAGCUGACCUUGCUCGUAUCACCCUUGAGCUUGAACAGCACAAAGCACUUAUUGUAGAGCUGCGUCAAGCAAAUCUCUCCAAUCUUAAGAAUGGUGAUCGCUCCUUCUCUGAUCCGUCAAUGAACCAUGAGAUAGCAGCUUUGCGUCGAGAGAUCGAGAGACUUACGGAAGAAGUCUGCAGACUAGGUUGCAUCGUUGCAGAAGGUAUCGAAGUUCGAAGACGAACAAGGGGGGAGAGCACCAUGAAUAUGGAGAAAGUCGAAAUGGAAAGACUUGCCAAGAAACUCAUAGAAGAAAACUCGGACUUUCAAAGGGUGAAAGCCGACGUGGAGAAAAGGAAGGCUGCUGUAGACCAAUUGAAAAAGCAUGAGGCGCCAAUACACGUUCCCCUGGAUUCAGCCAACGCUCUGUUUACAUCCAUUCCCGAACCGCAGGAAGCUAAACUUGUCAUGGCACAUAACAGAUCUCACACCUCACCGAAGACUCCUUCUCUUUCUCAUGCUAAACAGCAUGACCAUGUCCAACCAUCGCCUCUUGCUUCAAAAAAGUCCUCAACUCCUUCGACUCCUCGCAGGCACAAACAGGAGAGGGAGGAAAGCUCCAGAAGUAGACGGUCAAAGCCAAUAUCAUCUUCCAAAGCUUUGGACAGAAGCGUACAUUCUCCCUUUCCCAGCAUAAUGGGAGAAGAUCUUGAACGCGAGUUUUUUAGUCCUUUACCCAACGGAAUUGAAGGGAUGAAUCAGAACGCAGAGAUCAAGCAGGUGACAGAUGAGAUGGAACCGGGCAAACUGCCCCCCCAGACAGUGCUUGCCAGGGUGGUUGCAGAAUUGGAAGGCGAUUUUCAACAUUAUAAAAUGGUUUACUCUGAGUUAGCAGACCAGUACAAACUUCUUGAUCCGGCUUCGGUUUCUGCCAAGCGCCAUGUCCUUGCAGACCACCUUCGAGAGGUCAUCGAUUUACUGGAACUCAAGGCGGGCCAGAUUUCUGACCUGUAUGACCUUUUGGCUUUCAAAGAUAAGCCAAUUCAUGCCAAUAGAAGGAAGAUAGACGGGCGAAAGGCCAAAAGCGUUGACGAUGUGAUGAGAAUGGUUAAGGCAAGCUUGGGUCACGAGGUUUGGGAAAGAUUGUACAUAGAUUUAAAAAAAGGGUAGUAAGGUUUUCCACUAGCUUGUAAUAUUCUCGGAAGGAGGAGGCAGUUUAGUUUUUUAUUAUUACAUUUCUUUUCACCUACUGCAUCUUGGUCGACGCGCCCGUGAAGCAGGCAGGAUAAAUGUUGACAUACCUUUACGAUAAUUGCAAGAAAAUGCAUGUGACAUGACGAAAGUGGGAACAGCCUUCCUUUUUAGUUCGUGUCCCACGCAGUGCAUGUAAAGGCUCUACUCCUAAAGUCAAUGAUGAGUAAGGAAUUUCAAUCUCAUAUGGCGCCGGGGAAGAAGAUAGAGGAACUUUAACUUUGUGAUGACGGCUCAGCGGGGAGGAGAUGGCGAGUUGUGACCCGACACAGACGGGACAAAGAGGAAG